AUGUUUAAUGAAAUACGAAAAAAUGGAAUCCUUCUUCUUUUCGUUAUUACCAAAUGGCCAUUCAUACCUAAAUCUGAACAAAAAGAUAUUCUUCGGGAGGCCAUUGCACUGUUAGGUGGUCGAUCGGUAGGAGUAUCACGAUCAUCAUCAGGCCGAUUUCGAGCAAUUGAAUGUGAACCGAAGAAAGCUUACAUCAUCCCAAUCAAUUCAAAAUCAGAUGAAGUUUUAGGCAUGCGUGUAUCAAAAAUGAAUAUGAAUACACUACGAAAAAUUCUUAUUACAAAAUUGGAUGAUGAAUCACAGGGUAAACUGGUACAGUUAUACAAAGAUAAUCUUGACUUUUGGACAAAACUCGGUUAUGGUGCUAUUGAAAUUCUUGACGAUCUUGGUACAGGAACAGCUCGAGCUAUGUUGUCAGAUGAAGAAACUAAAAUUUAUACGCAAGUGAAAAAUGGCGAAAAUCCACUACAAACCGCAAUACCAGUUUUGAAAAUAGCCAUUGAUAAAUUCUUUCUUCGUAGUUAA